CUGCCAUGUCAUAAAAAAAAUUAAUACAGCCGUGCGCCUGAGUGAAAGUAAUAUCAAUCUAAUAGCGAGUUCACUUGUAAAUUUAAACUAAAUCUCCAAGAAAGGAGCAAACUUAAAUAUAAAUGCGUUUUCUAAAAUGCCUCCCAAAGGUAAAAGAGUAGGGCGGCCACCGGGCCCUAGAAACAAAAAGAAAAUUAAGACUGAAGAUGCCGAAGUGUGUGUUUUUUGUAAGCAGUUUUACGACUCCCCCGAUGUCUAUAAACAACAUCUGCAAUUAUGCAAGAAUUCACAAUUGCAUACUACACCUAAUCAAGAUAAUUCCUACAACUGUACUCAGUGCAACAAAAAGUUUAAACUAAAGAAAAGUUUUAAAAACCAUCUCAAAAAUGAGCACUCGAAGACUCCAGGCAGUAUCAAAUGCCAUCAGUGCUAUGUUGUUUGCCCAAACAGUGAUGUAUUGGCCAAGCAUCAAGAACUCAUUCAUCAGAGAGAGAUAUUUGAAUGCGAGCACUGUAGUACCAAAUUUGUAAGGCGUUCACAUGUUGCCAGACAUAAGUUACAGAAAGGUUGCGAUGGAAAAAAUAUUAACACAUUUCCAUGUGAAAUUUGUGAUGCUUCAUUCACUAGGAAAGACAACCUUAUGGUGCACCUCAGACUGCAGCAUAUAGCCAAGUAUAGUUUUACCUGCAAACUAUGUGAAUAUCACACUAGAAACUUUUCAAAGUUAAUAAUUCACACACAGAGAACACAUAUGGAAAAUCAUCAAUUGGAAUGUGAUCAUUGUGGUAAAGUGACUGGUUCUCGCGCAGCUAUGACUAAACACUUGGAGAUACAUGGGGAAAAGAAAUAUGCAUGUGAUGUUUGCGGGUACAACACGUAUACUAUCGAGGUGAUGCGGCGGCACGUUUUGACGCACGUGCCGGACAAGCCGCAUAAGUGCCCACUGUGCGAGCGCUCCUACAUACAGAAGGUGCAACUUCAGCGCCACAUGAAGACGCACUCCGGCAUCUGCUGCACCCUCUGCGGCGAAUCCUUCAAAACGGAGGCGAAAUUGCUAGUUCAUGAAAGCCAACACAAGGGUGUAAAAUCGCUCAAAUGUCCUUUUGACGAUUGCGUGUUUCAUACUAAGGAGCUAAAUAGUAAAGAAACCCUUGAAGAUCACAUAAAAAUGCAUUAUUCACCAUACGAGUGCGAGGUCUGCAGGAAGCGGUUCAACAACGAGCCGAACAUGCGCCGUCACCUGGCCACACACGCGCUAGAGAAGCCGCGCCGUUGCAUGUACUGCGUGACGGCGCGCGCUUACGUACGCGGCGAACACCUCAUCCGCCAUGUGCGCAAGUCGCAUCCUCAGAUCUUCCGCGAGCGGCUACAGCACGUACGCCGCGUCUUGGGCUCUGUAGUGGGGGUGGAGCGCGUGCGCAAGUCGGAGAUUGAAUCCAUCUUGAACGUCCUGGAUGCUGAGUCGGAACGGAUCCUCAACGGCUAUGGCGAAGGCGUCUUGUACGGCGGUCUACGCGAGAUAUCGCCGUCAGAAGUCGAGGCAGCUAACGAGGAAGAACUGAAAGAAGAAGAAGAUUCCCCUCUAAUGUCUGAAGAUGAACUGGAACAAAGUCUCAAAAAGCUGUUAAUGCAGCUCAUAGACAAGGAAAUGCUUGAAUGCUUUGGAUGGCCGAAUGAGUCUAUUGAUGUGGUGCUCGAGAGAGUAAUAGAAAACUGCGGAGCACGAGCAGCUGACCGCGAUAAGUGGACCCUCGUUCAGCGCCUGCGAGAGAACGCGAAACACCUCUUCCUCUACGUCAUCGAAGACAAGAACAUAGCACGCAUGAUGGACACACACACCAUUGACCAGAUCAUCAAGCACAUUCUGCAGCAGGUCUCCGAGAACGAUGAUGAAAACGCCAUGCCGAGUGAGCGCGUUAGUUAAUUUUUCACGCAUACACAUCACGCAUAUCCUGCAGUCAAAUGCCAAAAAAACGUCAAUUAAAUUUAAGGUGCCCUUAAAUUUAACAAUCUUUUCAGGUUUCAGGUGAACAUAUUAUUUGAUGAUUUAAUUUUAUGUCACUUUAGCACUAGUUUAAUCAGCAGUUUGAACGCAAAACAGCAAACAAUUUGCUACAAUUUACCAUUCAAAGUUGUGCUGCAGAACGUCGAAUCCAGCAUGCAUAAAAGUGCAAUCAAAGGGAUUACGGAAUAGCGCAACUCUUGGCAGCCCUUGAUUAGGGUAAAUUAGGCUAUCGCAGAUGUAACUCUAAUCUGUGUUAACUCUUAAUAGGGAGAGUGAUCUAAUGUAGGCAACACUUUAUCAUAUAAAACCUACCAGCGAAUGAAAAGUGUUUUUUUACUUCAGCAUAAUCACUUUUGAUCAUCCUUUAGUAUGCUCUGUCUAAAUGGCAAGGAUAUCUGUGUCUUAUCCAAGAAAAUGCGUUUGCUUACAACCAUAGAUUAAUUUAGAAGCGUUUAUUCUCGUAUUGGGAAUUGGGAAUGGGUUAGUGCACAAGCACUCUUUAAAUAAUAAGAAAUAGGUAUGUUAUCGUUUGAUCAAAAAUUAUGUCAGACUAUAAUAUAAACUUAUUUUUAAGAUUGAUACAAUAAAAUGAUUAAUUAUAAGACAUAAAAACGUCACGUAUGUAUCUAAUUGUUAUGUUAGUGUUAAGUUUUACUCAUCUACAAAGUUUUAGGUUACAUUUAUUUUUCCAUUUUAUUCUAUCUGUAGAUUUAACGGGUAUGGUAAAGUUUUGUUACUUAAGAUUUCUAUUUUUAUAACAGAUGAAUUUAAUGUUUUCAAAAAUGAUAAACAAUAUUGUGCCUUAAUCUGAGAGAACACUAUGAUAUAUAAGCUUUAUAUCAUAUAUGUAUUUGACGUAUACAAAAUACAUCUAAUAAAAUAAUUAUGUACUAAGAUCAUCCAUUAGAUCAUCCAUACACAUCGAACCAACAUAAAGGUGUUGCAAUACUUAGCAUCACAAUUUUCGGGCAAAAAUUUAGAGAUAUAAAAUAAAAUGGUACCAUUUUUAUGGUUCAAACCUAUACUAAACUUGUGAAAUGUUUAAUAGUGGUCAGUAUGCAACUGUUGUAUAAUAAGGGGCAUAAUAUGAAUGCAGAAGCGGAUUUAGAAGAUUCUAAAACAGUUAGCUUACUUCUAACAGAACAGCCUUUCCUAUUAACCUAAUUUCAUCCUAUACUGAGUAUUUAUAUACAAAACUUUUAGAAUUAUUUAUUGUAGUGGUCAUUAACAUUUUGUACAGAUAAAUUAUUAAAUUUCUAUAAAAUAUUCUCUUUAAUUUAACAUUAAUGAAGAAAAAUGGCAGGGACUCGAAUAACCUAUAUUUUUUUUAACUGCGCACGUACUGUUUGUACAACGCGCGGAAUGACAAUGUUUUGGUUUAUUCAUAUCACGCAUCGAGCAGUGAUCAUGGAAUAUCUGUUUAGGAAAACUUUUUCCCAAAAAGUUAUUUAAAAAAAAAAAGAGAAGUGUUAUUAUUCAAAACAAAAUUCGAAAAUUCUCAAUUCAUUUCUUUCAAGUAGUAGUAUAAGUGCUUUUUUAACACCAAGUCAGUCAGUUUGUUGUGACUCUACCACAUUAUAUCAUCUGCAUGGAUGAUACAAUAAGAACAUUGGGUGUUUUAAUGUUGGCAAUAUGCUCACUGUUUAAGAAUCUUUUAUAGAGGAUUUAAAGCAAGGGAAGAGAUAAAAUUCCAUUACGGUUCAAUUUUAAAUUUAGCGGCAGGAAACGUAACGUUGUCAUUAUAAACAGCGGUUUCUAAUGACAUCCUCCUGUUCUAGUAGUUGCUAACUGUUCUAAUUUGUAACAUAUAUAUCCGCUGUACUCAAAAACCCAAGUCUGCUAUUAUUCUGUGUCAAUGUUGUAGAUCAAACACAAAAGUACUAAUUAAAAAAAAAUGUAAAAACGUUUAUUAUUAUUAAAAUAUUAAAUUUAAAUAAAAAUCAAAGAAGUUUCUUUACAGUGACCGCUGACACUCAAUUACUAUUAAUAGCACACAUGGGGCCCUGACAUAUGUUUUUCACCAUAAUACCGCCCAUCUUCGAGCACAGUGGGGAUGGGCCUGACGUUGCUUACAGAGCAUUUAGAUUUACUGUAAACUAUAUGUAAAACUUCUGGCAAUCUAUUUGCGCUUGUUUCCAUACAUUUAUCGUUUAGCAGUUUUUAACGAUAAAUCAAAGCGCAUUUGUUAAUAAUACACAUUCUAGACUCGCUUUUAAAAUGUAAUUGUUAUCAUACAUUAAUAGAUAAGUUAUUUUAGACAAAUAAUAUUUUACUAAAUACAGUUUAUUAUUAUCAGUUAUUUUAUUGUUACAGU